AUGACUGGUGAUCAGGCACAAAAGAUGUGCCAAGAUUUCUUGGAUGUGCAGGAUGCGCAGACCCUUGCAUUAGCUGACACGCUGGUUGAGGAGAUGCGUAAGGAGACUGGGCAGGAAGUGGAGGCAGAUGAUGCAAUCUCGACGGCUGCUACCCAGGUCUACUCCCCUGGCCAGCUUCCUCAGGCAGUGGAGUCUGGUUGUCCAAGUCCUUCUUCCAUAGGCGCUGCCGUCGAGGCCCUAUAUCUUGCGAUGCAUGUGCCACUGAAGCAGAUCCAGCACUUCACAGUGCCUGCGUCCCAUCUGAUGUCUGACUUCCUGGAUCGGGCCUAUGGUGAUAGCCACCGCUCACCGCUGAAAGUUUUCUUGGGCGUGCCUGAAAGCCCGCUGCGCCCGCAGCCAAGCGCCCCAGAUGCCAAACAGGCGCUGCCCCCAGCCAACCUGCCACCAGGCUUGCCCGAUUCGCAGAAUGGAGAGAUUUCAGUGGCCCGCCCCAACACAAGCUUUCCUGCGCCAGCCACUCAGAAUGGAGAUGUUCCAGCCCCGACAACUCCAGCAAGCACAGGCCCACAAGCUCUGAGUUCGCCUCGAAUGGCCAACCCUCCCAAGAUCAUUGGCUCUCCUUUGCCAGCCCUGAAGAGUGGAGAUGCUUCCAUGAGCCCAGCCCCGACAGCCCCCGCAAGCACAGGCCCACAAGCUUCGAGUCCAGCGACCCCGCUCCGAAUGGCAGCCGAGGUCCAAGGCGCUUCUUCCCCCAUACCCGCACAAGCUCCGAGUUCAGUGGCCUCACCACAACAUGUGACACUCAAAGGCGCUCCUUUGCAAGUCUCAGCCCCGACAACUGCCGAGGUUCAAGGCGGUUCUUUGUCAGCCCCGACAACUCCUGCAAGCACAGGCCCGCCCAAGACCAGUCCUUUGCCAGGCCCAGCACCCACAACUGCCGUUCCCGCAAGCACAGGCCCGCCCGUGCAAGCUCCUCAGACUUCAGCAAUUCCAGCCCCGGAAGUCCAUCUCCCCGCAACCCCAACAGGUUCCGUGAUGACGCAAAGUGAGUCGAUGCAAACACCCCGCCGCUCAAGCACAGACACGGAUACCAGUUCCGCAUCCAAGCCAGGGGCCCCUGCAGGACUUGACGGUCUCCUUGUGGUUGAUGUUUGGCCUGAGCUCAUGUCCGUGCCCCCACCAGCUCUUUCCGAUGCAGCAAUUAAGCAAAGGUUGAGGAGGGUCUUCAAACCAAGGGCCAAUGGGGACUACCUCAUCGGUGAAGAGUGGAGAAAGAUGUGGGAAGAUCUAUCAGAAGGCCGUGACAAAGUCAUUGCCGUCUUCGAGAAAGCAGCCUACAGCGUGGACAGCAUUGAAAAAUUCAUCAAGCGCUGCAAGAGAAUAUCUGAAGACAUAAAUGAAGAGGUGAUGGAGAUCGAGGGUGAGUUUUUGACAGUCCAGGACAUGGACGAGCGUAAGCUGAGCAAAUAUGGUGAGGGCUGGAUGUAUUGGGUCGAUACCCGUGUCCACGGAAAGUUGUCGAAGAUCAAGCGCUCUCUGUACCAGGAAGCAAUGGAGUGGGACGAGGAGGACAAAGGGCAGAAGGAUGAGGGCCUCACUCCGGGUUUGGACUGGGACAUGCUGAACAACUUGCAAGGUCCUGGCAUGCUUGGCAAAGGGCCAAACGUCGAGCCAGUUGAUGAGGUGAUCCAGGUGCCUGUUGCGUCAGACGUGGCUGCAAAGCUCGGGUACCCUGAGGUUGAGAAGAACCUUGCACCCUCGGCAUGCCUGGGCCCUGCAAUGAAAACCUUGCAGAAGCUUAUCAAAAGGCUCGAGGCGAUUAUCGUGACCUUCCCCCAGCCGGUUGCAGGUCAAGCUCAGAAGCCUAGUGAGGCCAAGCUGCAGGGGCGCUUGGAGAGCCUGCAACUGAACCUCAACACGGUUGCAGAUGAGAUGCAAGAUCUAGAAAUGGGUGGUUUGCUUGAUGGCUUCACGCGAAAGAUGCAAGCUGACAUCUCGACGAAGCUCGAUGAGGGCCGAAGGCACCUCCGUGCCAGAAGCGAUUCAGGUGUGUUUUGCCUUCGCCUGGAAGACAACCGGCUGGUUCCAACCCUGACGGCAAGCCUGCAGGUGGCGCAGCCCGACUGGUGGAAUACAUGGCUGAGUCAAUGGGAGACGGUGUCCGUGACUUGGCAGUCAAGCGGGGGUUCUGCAAGAAUCCGUGCGACCAAAUUCCUGGCUCACGCGGCCCAGGUCCCAGCAGUGCAUGUGGCCCGAACGCUGGCUGCUGCUGAAGGCAGAACAGCUACAGUUUCUGAGGAGGCCCACGCAGAUCGUUUCACGAGGGCUCUGUUUCGCAAACAUAGCCUAUCCCUUCCCAUAGAGAUAGAAGAUGUGGAGCAUGAAGUUGUUGAAGGGGUGCUUAAAACCAUCACCACCCAACAUGUGACCCCAGAAAGUUGGAUCAAGUACCUCAUGCAAGAGGACCCAAGCUUGAUCUGUGGAAACUCUGGGAGCCCUCAGAGCAAUUUUCGCGCUUUCUGGACAUUCUUCCAGCGGACUCAUGCAGAGCAUGAAGUCUUUCGCACUGGCAAGGACCUAUCUUCAACCAUACCCAUACUUAUCCAUGGCGAUGAGGGUCGUUCCAUCAAAAAAACAGCAUAUUUGGUCCUAUCGUUUGAAUCGCCGAUCGGCUGCCAGGACCGACGGCUGAAACCAUGCCAGUGUGUGGCUGAACUAGCCAAGCUGCCCGGUGUCCCUGAGUAUGGUGAGGCCAGCCCGCUUCCCGAUGGUGUGGAAGGCCCCAGCAAUGAGAUGUUUACAAACUACACCGGCCACAGCUACUUGACUCGUCAUCUUCUCUUCGGGCUUGGGGGCUGGAUUUUUAAGAAAAACCCGCAUGUGGUGCAAACACUGCUGGGGGUAAUGGCCGACAACUUGCAGAAGCUGUUCCAUCAAGGAUUGGAGAUUGAUGGCAAGAGGUACUUCGUAGCAGUGGCAGGGAUAAAGGGAGAUAUGGAUUUUCAUAGGAAGUAUUUUUUCUUAGACCGCAGCUACACGCAUGUGGGGUCUCGGAGCUUGGGCUUCAUUUGUCACUGCUGCAUGGCCUCUUCUGGCGAUAUGAGCCAGCACCGCUUCGAAGACUUUGCCGAAACGCCUUCGUGGCUGCAAACCAUGCACCGUUCCAGACCAUGGCCCCCCGACCAAGUCCCGCAGCUUACCCGAAUUCCCAUGGACACUGCUGCACCGGAACGGGCCCUUCUACAUGACCCAUUCCACAUAGUCAAGCUGGGGCUCGCGCGGGACUUGAUUGGGAGCUGCGUUGUAGUCCUUUGCAGAAAGGGAUUUUUCGACUACCCUGAGUGCUCCAAGAAUUUCCCUGACAGGCUAGCUAGAGCGCACAGCAGCUUUGUCCUUUUCUGCUUGGCUUCGAAGGAGCACCCUACACUGAGGGGUUUCACGAAGACCUUCUUCAACAUGACAAGCUUCAUGUCCAGCCCUUGGACGAAUUCCAAAGGCAGCGACUCCAUGAUUCUGCUUCGCUACUUGUCAUGGUUCUUGCGGCUUCAAAUGAAGCAUCCUACGGUGCCUGGGCAUGGGCUGCUCCUGGACAGAAUGUGUCAGACAUGCGAAGCAUGCCUUGACAUGUUUCGGCUCAUGCAGCGGCACCGCCUUAUCCUCCACAGACCAUGCGUCAGAUACCUUUAUGUCGUGAUGAUGAGGCUACUGCGCGGUUUUCGUGUUCUCAGCACGCUGGCUGUUUCGAUGAGGAUGCGGGCUUUUGCUUUGAAACCCAAAGCCCACUCGUUGCACCAUGUAGCUCAGUCCCUCCGGUCUGCGCUGCUCGGCGGAUGUGCUGGGGCGCUAAACCCACAGUAUGCAGCUACCGAAGUCUGCGAAGAUUUUAUAGGGCGUGUAAGUCGGUUAAGCCGUCGCGUCGACGUUCGCACCGUUGACCGGAGGGUAAUCGAGCGGGUUUUCCUGAAAAAACGUGCUCUCAUGAAGAAGCGCUGGGAAGCAAAACUCAGCACAGCUUGA